UCUUUUCGCACCUCGCUGAUGGCGUGCCGCGCGCGCGGGGAGUCCCUGCAGCGAGAGAUAUAUAUAUGGCAGGCCGUCAAGUGGCUGGCCGACACUCGCCCGUCGAGUCUCGCUGCCUGCCAAAGUAUAAUUGAGGAUGGCCGAACGAGCGCACUCCCUUCCUGGGCCGUCGCCGCUGCUGCUGCUGCUCCUGGUCCUGCUCGGCUGCGCCGCGGCCCCAGCGUUCGACGAGGCAGAUGCCAAAGGUCUGUGCCCGCGCAUCGUGAGCCGAGCCGAGUGGAAGGCGCGCAAGCCCCUGGAGCGCGAGCCCCUGCCGACGACGCCGACCCCCUACGUGGUGGUCCACCACGGCGGAGUCUCGAGCUACUGCCAGGACCAGCCGAGCUGCUCGGCCAUAGUCCGCUCCUACCAGAACAUGCACCUCGACGAGCACGGCUGGGCCGACAUCGGCUACCACUUCCUCGUCGGCGAGGACGGAAACGUGUACGAGGGCCGGGGCUGGGACCUCGUCGGGGCCCACGCGCCCGGCUACAACGGCCAGGGCAUCGGCAUCUGCCUGAUCGGCAACUUUGUCGAUUUCCUGCCGAACGAGGCCGCGCUGCGGGCCCUGCGCUCGCUCAUCAGCUGCGGCGUCGCCCUCGACAAGCUUCGCGAGGACUACAGCGUCAUCGGGCACCGGCAGGCCCGCAACACCGAGUGCCCCGGACAGGCCCUCUACGAGUACGUGCAGCGGAUGCCCCACUGGACCGACAGCCCGACGCCCGUGCCGCUCAACUCCAGCUCCGGCUAGCCCGUCUCUGCAGCUGUACCCAUUGUAGUAGCUCCGCUAGAAUCGACUGUUUGUUUUUUUUUUUUGAAUACUUAUAAAAGAGCCUGCUGUACCUCGAA